AUGGCUGCAUCGUCCUGGCUGCAUGGCCCUUCUGCGAUGCGUCUUAUAGAGGGUUUGGUGUCGGUUCUGAAGGAACAGCGUCCAGAGUUUUUACCGAGCCUGUUGUCCAGCUUCAGGGAGCACGGUGUGUUCCCCACGCAGGGUGCGAAUGCUGUUGGAGGUCUCGUAGGCUUUAGCAAUGCCAAACUUGGCUCGAGCAAGACCAGGUUUGAGGGGCUCUGUCUGCUCUCAUUGCUGGUUAAAGACAGCUCCAGCGAAGUGUUCCAGCAGCACUGUCUCUCCUGGCUGCGCUCUCUUCAACAGGUUAUCCAGUCUCAAGCUCCAGUCCAGACCAUUCAGCUCGCCGUGAUUAUAUUAAAAGAUGUGUUGCAGUAUUCAUCACAGAUUGCAGAGUUAUCCAGGGAAGUGGGUCUCAACUCUAUCCUGGGAAUUCUUACUUCACUUCUGGGACUUAAAGCAGAGUGUGAUUUGGCUGCGAUGGAAGGGAUGACCGCUUGUAUGAGUUAUUAUCCACGAGCUUGUGGUUCAAUGCGGGAUAAACUUGGGGCUUAUUUCCUUUCCAAAAUGGAUAGCACUAACAAGAAGACUCAAGAGAUGGCCUGUCAAUGUUAUGGUCGCUUACCGUGCCUGGGGGGUCUGCUGGAUCGGGGGGUGGGGGCAGGCAGAGCAGAGGGCUGGACCACUCAGAUUCACUGCCUUCUAGCUUCUGCUAAUGUCCUGCUGGAUCAGAUCUACCAUGGAUCAGAAUCGGAAGGAAUCGCUCAAUACGAAGGUCCAGGAGUGGAGUUGGGAUUUCCUCACCUCGACCAAUCAGACCCUCUCCUGGUGCUGCAGCUACAACAUAGAUAUUCUGCCGUUUGUUUGGCGCUGAAAAACACACUCAGGGUGGAUCCAGCUUCAGCGGUCCGGCUUCCUGUGAGGCCGAUUCUCAACCUUGUGUGCCGAGCCCUCGCUGUCAGCCCAAAAAGCAUUAAUUUAACUGGGGAUGGAAGUGUGAGGUUACUGGUCUUGCCCAUGUUACACACCAACACACUGGAGGUCCUGUCUGCACUCGUCACUGCAACACGGUUAGGAAUGGUGCAGUACGCUGUAGUUCUGCAGAGGCUGUUCUCUCAGACUCUGUCAGCAUGGACACCAGUUGCAGAGGCCAGUGUGGGCCAGCAGAGGGCAUAUUGUUCUGUGAGAGUUGCUGUGUACAAGGCCUUAGAGCUGUGGCUGCAGGUGGCUGGAGCUUCUGCAAACAUCCUCCAGGGCAGCUCUGUUCACUCCGAACACCUGUUCACCCAUCUGCUGGGGGAGAUCACACCUGGAGCCGAGUCCAUUAAGCUUCGAGCGGGACUGUCCUCUGAUGUGGUCCAGGGUGGAAAACCCGGUCCUCGUAGAACCAAGACUCUGGUCAUGUCAGACUCUGUGGCCCCCAUGCUCCAGAGAAAGGGAGACCAGUUAGCCAAUGUAGAUACAUGUGUUUCUGCGCUUAGAGUACUUAGAGAAAUAGUCCUUAGCAGUGGUACCCUACUGAAAGACGACAUUCACAAGCGCCUCCAUGAUGUGGUGUUGCCCUUGUGUGUGCGGCUUCAACAGCAACAAAACAGCAGUACCUCAUGUGAAUCAGCAGGGGGCGUCAGUGGCCAGUACAACAGCGCACUAAGCAGACAGGAACUCUAUAGACUUCUGCUGGCUCUGGUCCUGGUCCCUUCCCCAUGUUGGCCUUCCCCUUUAACAUGCGCAGUGUCCAUCCUGAGCAGAGGCCGCACGGACAGAAAUACCAAGGUGUCUUCAUUCUGCACUGAGGCGUUGACCAUCUGUAACCUCCUGCUCCACCCUCGCACACCUUCCAUUGCGCUGCCGUUGCCCCCCCUGACCCUCAAACCCACCCCAUCAGCCGCCUCGGGACCAGGCCUCACACUGCCCAAUCUACUCGUCGGCGCUAACGGGGCCCCUUCCUUCCCGUCACGCCACUCUAUGGGCCUGGGCCACGGCUCUCUGCUGGGCUCCCUGGAGAACCAACUGUCCCUGGGACCGGGGCUGCCAGGACAGGGCCCCUCCGACAUGAUGCACGGCCCUCACCCCGGCUCGGCUCCGGUGGGCCCUCCGGACGGACAGCGGGCCGUCUUCGUGCGCUACGACAAAGAAGAAGCCGAGGACGUGGAGAUCUCGUUGGCCAGCGACUCGGACGACAGCGUGGUGAUCGUCCCGCCGGGGAUGCUGGACAUGAGCAGCCAGCAGGAUGAGAGUUUAUCCACUCCAGGCCCUGCCGCGGGCCCCUCACCCGGCGGGGAUGUGCUCUCCCUGACACCCAUCACACCAGCGCCCACCUCUAUAGAAGCGUUGUCUCUGGCGAAUGACUUGACCACCUCCUCCCCUCACCUGAGCUCGUCUAACUCUGCUUCUGUGAACUCGUUCCCGCCGUCGAGUGUCUCUGUCGUGUCGCUGGUUCCUCCCAUGGGCCCCAGCGUUCUCCCAGGCCCCGGCUCCCUCACGGAGCCACUGUCAGGACGACCCCAGCUCCAGCAAAUGCUAAUGCAGCCCAACACGGCGUCACCCAUGGGACUUCUGCAUCAGCUCCAGAACCAGCUGGGGCAGCCCGCAAGGAACCUGCAGCACCCGCCGCACCCCGCGUCCUCCGCCAACAACGAGGACUCUGCUGUCAUCAACAUCAACAGCACCGACGAUGAGGAAGAGGAGGAGGAAGAGGAAGACAUGGACGACAUGGAGGAGGAGGACGAGGAGGGCCUGGAGGAGGAGGACGAGGAGGGCAGCGAGUACGCGGGGGAAGAGUUCUACGACGGCGAGGAAUACGACGAGUACGAUGACGAGGAGCCCGAGGAGCUGGAGGAGGAGGAGGAAGAGGACGAGGAGGAGGAGGGGGACAUCCCGCCGCUGGAGGGGCCCGAGGACAAGGCCAACGAGAGUGGCGCCGAGGAGGCCCAAGCGGUGCGCGCUCUGGCCGAGGAGGAGGGGCCCAUAGAGGAGCCCUUCAGCGUGGAGGCAGAAGGCGGCAUCGAGGAGGUGCACACGCGGACACGAGCCUACCCAGAGCUGAAGGUGCAGGAGGUGGAGAGCAUCGGCGUGCUGGAGGAGGCGCGGGAGAGCGAGGGGGAGUCCACCAUGGACCCCACCAUGCCCCAGAUCCUCUGUGUGACGGGCGGAGCCAUGGAGGAGGAGGAGACCACGGAGGGAGGGGAGACAUCCCAGGAGGAGGCUGUGGGAUGGGAGCAAGGAGACGACAACAAGGUGGAGAUCGAGGACUCCUCCGACGAGCAGGCGCCCACUGACAAUCAGCAGGAGGAGCAGCUGUGUGAAACCUCGCAGGAGGCCGGCGCCAGUGGAAGCGUUGUUAGUGCUCAUGCAGAGGAGCUGGAGGGUUCUCAAACUGAACAAACGAGCGCUGGGUCUGAACUUGUCGCCACUGAGCAGGAAGAGGCAGCUGCUGAGGAGCUGGAGCCUGAGGUGGAGCAGGACAGAGAGCAGGAGCAGGAGCAAGAGAAUGAGGAUGAGGAGGGGAAAGGUGUGAAGAGGAAGAGAGAGGAGGAUCCAGCACAAAGCACAGAGAAGAAGAGGUGUGAGGAAGACAUGGCCUCCAUGUUGGCAGACUUUGUGGCCUGUCCCCCUGAUGAAGAGGAGGGCCCCUCUGCAUCAGCGCAGCCCAAGUCCAGCUCUUAG